CAGGUAAAAAGUAUGAUACUUUUUGUGGAACUAUUGACUAUGCUGCGCCCGAGGUCUUGACCGGAAAAAAAUAUGAUGGUCCGCCACAAGACAUUUGGGCUUUGGGUAUUUUGUUAUAUACACUCAUUUACAAGGAGAACCCGUUCUAUAAUAUUGAUGAAAUUAUUGCUAGAGAUCUUAGAAUUCCUUAUAUAUUAUCCGAUGGUUCAAUCGAUCUUGUUAAGAAAAUGCUUGAUCGUGACGUAGAUAAGCGUCCAUCGAUAGACGAUGUCUUAAAUCAUCAGUGGUUGCGGGAGGAAUGA